GAUUGAAUCGGACCGAAGUCACGUGUAGUAAAUUCUUGCGAGGAAUUGAACCAUGCAGAUUGAAGCCCAAAAGCCAAAACAAGCUUCUCAGGAUUGGCCCCCUCAUCCUUACUGGAUUUCUUUCUCGAAUCUCCAACUUGUCGAUCUCGCCUUAUGCCAUACGAAUGGAAGUCAAUUCCGGAAUCUUUAAAAAGAAACUGGCAGGAACUACUGCAAAUACCGAUACAAUACUACAAGCCGGCAGGACCACAAAACUUCUUUCCCACUAAGGACCAAUAGCUCCGAAUGAUCCACAUGCUGAUUCAAACCAUGACUUCAACGUCUAAUUUUUCUACUUUGCCAUUGUCAGAUAUCGAUCCUACCCACAAAAUUCCCCUCCAUCGACGAAAUUAUGACGACUUUUCAAUUAGGAAUCGCCUUCCACAUCAUGCUAUAUGAGGCUACAGCAUUCAAGGUGAGUGUGAAAACUCUUGUAAGCGUAUUUCAUUCAUUCGUCAAGAAGCUAUUUCUAUAUCUUGUUGCCCUUUGAUAUUGUGUGAGUGAGUGAAGAAAGGCAAUAUCAAUCAUAAUCGGCGUUCUCAUGGCAGAUCACCAUGUUGAGGGGCGAGAAACUGGCCAUGAUACUCCAGCGCCCUCGGCCAGAGACGGCAGCGUGAACACACAAAGAACUACGAGAACCACAAGAUCCUCGAGGAACGUUCGUCCAAAUGGACAAGUUCAUACCUCUAAAAGAUCACGUAUUCCAAGUUCACGGCCCCAUGGAGCACGUCAGCAAACAAAUAAUACACCACUCGAAGAUCGACCGCAAUACUCUUUAGCUGGUAAUAAUGGAGGAGUUCAGCGCGAACCUCAUUAUGUCGAUAGAGAAUAUUACGAUCUCAAUCCAAAUUAUCAAAAGCCAAAGGAUCAGCCGGUAUGGGGAUUGGCGAAGCCUCUCCCGCGAGUGGUUAGGCCGGGAAUGAGGCGAGGGAAACAGGGCGUGGUCGAGGACAAGGAUGCAGAGAAUGCAGAACCAGGAAGCUCUGAGGUUAUACCACAACUUGGUAUGAUUGACGAUCAAAAGAAAGGACAGCCAAAAAAGAAACCGAAUCGACUUGGCAGGAAUGAAGAGGACCGAGGUUAUGGACAUCAGCAACAAGAGCGAGGGAGAAGACAAAGCUAUAGAUCUCAUAGGCAGGAUUCUGAGAAUUUCAUACUAGAUCACAAUGGCACUCCGCUAGCCGAGAGAGACAACCCUAUGGAUGAUUGGAGAUCUCCUCAGGAUGAUGGAGAAGGGGACCUAGGCCGGCAAAAUACGAAUCGACUUUCUGAUGUUGAGGAACAUCCCUCAGGCUCAACGCUAACUCCUCAUUCUACGACACAAAGUGCGGAUUUUGCAAACGACGAGAAUGAUGAUGAGCUUGAUUUGGAGAGGGGAGAUAAGGUAGAAGACGACGAAUGGUCUCUGACUAGUGAAGAAGCGGAGCAGUAUAUCCGAGAGGAAAAAGACAACCACAAUGCUUUGGCAGCAAUUCGUGACAGAUUUCGUGAGCCAUUAGCCGAGUGCUUAGCAACAAUGAUAGCAGUCCUCAUUGGUAUAGCCACUAAUCUAGCUGUUCAAACCUCGGCAGACACUUCAGGCAAUUAUCAAUCCACAAAUUGGGCUUGGGGUUUAGGUAUCACAAUAGGUAUCUACAUCGCAGGUGGAAUUUCCGGUGCUCAUCUUAAUCCUGCUGUAUCCCUCAUGUUGUGUAUAUCUAGAGGCUUCCCUAUACGGAAAGCAUUUAUCUAUAUCCUCGCGCAAGUCCUCGGCGGUUUUCUCGCCGGACUCAUUGCAUACGGUAUCUACAAAGAUGCAAUUGCCUCAUAUAAUGCUACUGGUGGUAUUCUCGGCAAUGGCCAAGUAGUCAACCUACUAUCCGGAGGCACAGGCACAUCUUUCUACACACAACCCCAAUCUUUCGCUAGCCCCUCUGCGAGUUUCUUCAACGAAUUCGUCGCCACCGCCAUCCUCGCCUGCACCAUCCUCGCUCUCGGAGACGACUCCAACGCACCCCCAGGAGCAGGUAUGCACGCGCUCAUCGUCGGUCUCGUCGUCACUGUUCUCACCAUGGCUUUUGGUUACACCACUGGCGCCUGUCUGAAUCCAGCGCGAGAUUUCGGUCCACGUCUCGCCACCGCAGCUGUAGGUUACGGCAGCGAAGUCUUCACUGUCUCGAAUGCAUGGUGGAUUUAUGGGGCUUGGGGCGCGACAAUUACGGGUGCGUUAAUCGGAGGCCUGUUUUACGAUGUGGCUAUUUUUGUAGGAGGCGAGAGUCCGGUUAAUUAUCCGAGGAAAAGGAGGAAGCAAAUUGCGAAGAAUGCAAAGGGAAAAGCAGAGAAGGGAUGGUGGAUUUUUAAGAGAGAUGUAGAAAUGGGUUUAAAAGGGGAGUUUGGGAAAGAGGGAUGAUUUUUUUUUUUGCUUUUUCUACUUGGGAUACAAUUUACGUUACGAAGAUUAGGCGUUGAUGGAAAAGCAAUGGUGUUAAGAGAUUGAUUGUCUUUCAUGUAAUAUAUAGCGUUGAGUUUUUCUUAUUUUUUGAUGAUGGGUUUAAUCGAUUUUAUAAUAUAUAUAUCAUAUAUCAUCCUGACUAGAUACUUUAUUCAUUCAUCUAUACAUUCAUCCAUCCAUUCAUUCAUUCCGCAUAUAAUAAAAAAUUUCA